UAACUGUUCCUUUUCGUGAAAAUUUUGAAAACUUCCUCCGUUAAAGUUUUGUUUUUUUUUUAAUAUAUAUAUAUAUUUUUGGCGUGGUGUGGUGUGGCACUGUGCUCUCUUCUGAGCUGCUUCACCAUCUGCAACUUCAAUGGCAACCGAAGAGGUUAAUAAGCCUCCAUCACUUCCUCCAUACCCUGAGAUGAUACUGAAAGCAAUUGAAGCCCUGGGAGACAACAAUGGUGCCAACAAGUCAGCGAUAUCAAAUUACAUAGAGUCCACCUAUGGUGAGAUGCCAGAAGGCCACUCAACGCUUCUGUCUUACCACCUUAAGAAGAUGAAGGAUAGUGGUGAGCUUGUGUUCUUGAAGAACAACUACAUGAAGCCUGACCCAAAUGCCCCACCAAAGAGAGGGCGUGGAAGGCCACCAAAGCCUAAAGAUCCACUUCCUCCAGGUACUGUUUUGUCCCCACCAAGGCCUAGGGGUCGCCCUCCAAAGGACCCUAAUGCUCCACCAAAGCCACCAAGUGCCAAAGUGUCAAGUGGAAGUGGUAGACCAAGAGGGAGGCCUAAGAAGAUUGCUAGGUCUGGUGUGACAUCAACAAACAGUCCUAGUGGAAGGCCAAGGGGUAGGCCUCCUAAGGUGAAGCCUCAGAUGACAGAAGUGAGUGUUGAACAAUAGAACUCUAUUGUUGAUCAAAAGUAGUGUGAUUUAAAUCUUGAACUCAUCUUCCUCUUUAGAAGUUGUUGUGGUCUUAGUUUUUUUAGUGUGUCAAUGUAAUUUCUUUGUAAAAUUGUGUAGUGGGGUUAGCUUAUGAGGAGGCUUUGUUGGUUUCAAUUAUUAAAAGAGGACAAUGACUACUAGAGUUGAUGGUGAACUGUGUUGUCCUUGUGGUUUUCUAAGUUCUAACUUGAAAAUUCUCAUAAUGUGGAAAAGGGUGUUGUCCCUUGUUAUUGGUUAUUCUUGUUGAUGAUUUAGUUGGAAAUCCAAUCUAAUCCAUGAUGAAUAGGGGGGUGAAACACUGUAGCUAAAUUGUAGGGAGAUGAUGUAAAGAAUUUGACUUUGUUGUGCUUGAUGAUGU